UUAGUCUCCGUGCCACGUCAGAGCAAACAUUCAAUGAAGGAGUCGCCACACUUUGUGGUUACUUUUUUGAACAAUGCUGCUGUUGUCGCUUUCACUGCUGCUGCUCUGUAAUGUUUUGGUGCUUUUUGCUACCGAGCUCACGUUUGAGCUUCCCGACAACGAGAAACAAUGUUUCUACGAAGACCUGGAAAAAGACAUUAAGUUUGAGUUAGAUUAUCAGGUGAUUUCAGGAGGAAACUACGACGUGGACUGUUUUGUGACAGAUCCCCACGAUAACAUCCUGUACAGGGAGGACAAGAAGCAGUAUGACAGCUUCUCCCACACCACUGCCAUGAAGGGAGUCUACAAGGUCUGUUUCAGCAAUGAGUUCUCCACUUUCUCACAUAAAUCCAUCUACCUGGAUUUUCGCCAUGGCGAUGAGGAGCCUCUGAUUCCCAGCAUGACCAGAGCUACCGCGCUGACACAGCUGGAAUCCACGUGUGUCUCCAUCCACGAGAUCCUGAAAGUGGUGGCUGAGUCCCAGACGUGGUAUCGCCUCAGAGAAGCACAUGACCGCACAAGGGCGGACCACCUGAUGGAACGCGUGACUUUCUGGUCCAUCGGCGAAACCGUUCUCCUGUUUAUCAUCGGCAUCGGCCAAGUGAUGAUGCUGAAGAGCUUCUUCAGUGAUAAGAAAGGCUCCGUGGCCGCAAUGACUUAGACCUUUCUUCUUUGGUAAAAAACAGAACUGUUAUUUCCUCUUUGUUUAGUCAAUGUGUGUUGUGUUGAAGAGUUAUAACACUGGUACUGGUGUUUAAAAUGACCAAAUAUUUAUAUGUAUUAUAUUAUAUCUUUUAUGAUCUCUAAUUUGCAGGAGAGAUCAUUAUUUUAUUACACAGUGUUGGUACAGUAUGACGUUGACUUUAACUAUCCCAAUUGCCCUAAAAUAUUGUCAAACAUUUCAAUGGCCCAAAAUGACACGUAAAACCCAAUAUUUGUUUUAAAGAUUAAGUUGUUUGUUUGUAUUUGUUUUUACAUGAUAUAAGACAAAGUAAGUUCUAUCUUAUGUUUUCUAUGAAGGUAAAUUUUGACCAUUUCAAUGUA